UCUGUGUAUUCAUCUCGUGUUUUGUCAAAUUCUGCCCCUUGAAGGUUUUACCAUUUCGGUGCGUAAUCUUGAAGUAUCCCUGCUUGCACGUGACUCCCUAGCACCUGUUUACAGUUGCCUCCGUUCUCCACGACCCAAGAGCGAAAAGAAUGCCGCGACUCUAUCACACAAAGUCCAAGACAGGAUGUACGCGAUGUCGAACACGAAGAGUCAAGUGUGAUAAAGUCAGACCGACUUGUGAACUCCAUGUUGAGCUAAUGGAACAUGGUGGAUGCCUUAAGCAUCGCGUAGAGUGCAUCUACGUUCGUGUUACAACAUCAACACAACAACCAGUACCAGCACAAACCUCAGAUGUCUCCAGAAUUCAACCUGGAUCAGCAUCAUCACCAGCCCAUGGCAGUCUUCGUCUUUUACACGUCUACAUGUCAGAAAUAUGCCCUCAAAUUGCUGGAACACAUCUCCUCAUGCUCGAAACACUAUGGAGCAAAGAGGUACCAAAGCUAGCUCUGCAGAACGAGACACUUUUGAACGCUAUCUUGGCCUUAUCAUGUUUUUACUUGUCUACAGAAGGCAAAGAUCCAGACCCCGAGCCCCAAGCAGCCCGCGCAAGCCACCCUGGAGCUGCCAUAGAAGCACAGCAAAUGUACCUUUCAGGCAUGACCAGGGAGAAUGCUGAUAUAGCAUGCCUUGUCUCAACCCUGCUUGCGAUUAAUGCAUUUGCAAAUUUGAUGGUUCGCCCCUUAUCCCCUCAUGAACCACCCUUUCAUUGGUUGCAAAUGUCCCGAGGUCUUGGGAGUGUCUUCCGAGAAGCAACAUCCCUCUUACGCAACGAUCUAGAUGCAAAGCUGAGGACUUUAGUUAUGGACAGGUCUUACGUUAGCCCUGAUAUAGUCUUUAAUAAGUCAAACCUUCGCAAUGACGGAGAUGCAGAGGCAUAUGAGAAGGUGACUUGCUGGAUUGGCUCUGUUGUAAUACAAGCAAGAGAGGCUGGAGAGCAUCCAAAAAUGAUCGCCAGAAGGCUGACAUCCUUCUGGGUCCUUACUCCAACGCGGUACAUCGAGUUGUUGCAGCUACUUAGACCACGGGCUUUGGUUCUUUUGGCUUAUUACUUCGGGCUGGCCAGCUGGUUCGAUAAUUUCUGGUGGAUUGGUUCGUCUCCAACAAGAGAGCUUAUGUCGUGGCCUACUGAGCAACUGACGAGACAGCCUUAUCAGGGCUGA